AUGGCGGCCCCGAAUCUGGUGACCCUCGCCCCUCCCCAUCUGAUGCACGAGAGCGAGUUGCCGCUGGAGUGGGAGAGGGCCUUCGCAAAGGAGGACGUUGCGAUGCCGCACAUCGCCAAGCUCCGCAUCAUCCUGCCGCGCGACUUCUCGCCCGGCUCUAGCAUCAAGUUCCCGCGGGCGAGGGCCGAGCUGCGCGCCGGCGCGGACGUGCUCGCCGCGGCGCGCGUCCCGUCGCCCGCAAGACUGACCGUGCGCAAGCUGCGCGAAGCGCUCGCAGAGCGGAGCCUGCCCACCGAUGGCCUCAAGCCGGUGCUCGUUGCGCGGCUGGCGGCGGCGAUCGCCGCAGAUCCGCCCCCGCCCACGCCCCUCUCGAUCGCGCGCGAGAUGCGAGCAGCCGACCCGCCCGCGGCCGACGGCUCGCCGGCGCACCUCGUGCUGCGAGCGGCGGAGCCGUGGUCGCCGCACAACCACGAGCUUUUCCCGGAGGCUUGCCGGAAGCGCGCGGUGCAGCUGCUGCUGCUGGGGGAGCUGCUCGCGAGAGAGCCGCUCUUUGACGAUCGGCGGGGGUCGGCGGUGAGUCUGAAGGACUGCUGGAUGGACUUUGUGAUGCCGCAGGCUACCUGGUCCGGUGAACACAGAGUCAAGUUCUGGGCUCGCGGCUCGCGCCGUCCGUCGUGCGUCCCCGAAGUCUCUACUGAAAUGAUGCCCGGUCCGCGCGUGGAGCUGCCCGAGCCGCCUGUGGAGCUGACCGGUCCGCCUGUGGAGCUUCCUGACCUGCCGGUGGAGCUGCUUCGCCAUGUCAUGUCUUUCAUGUGCCACUGCUCCGGCGUGACAGACACGGGGACUCUUGGCCGCGCGUCGCAAGUCUCCACAUGGAUGCGCCACGCCGCCCAAGAGCGCGCCGAGCGCGCCACACGAGCCCUGCUUCAAGACCGCAUCGGUGAGUACUCCCCUCAUGGCGGGGCACCAGUCAGCAUACUCCUGCACCCCACCUGGGCACAGCGCCUCGACAGCUUGCUGCACAACAACAUCGCUGGCGUGUGCCUUCUCUAUCUUCAACUUGCGGAUGACGAAAGCAGUGGCACAAUCGGCGGAAUCAUUCGAAAGAUAAAACGAAUACUCCGAAAGGUUGACCCUCAAGGGUCUCUUCUCUACCUGAGUGAUAUCGACCACCUCCCCCUUGGACAUGACGGAGAGAAAAUCUGUGGUGCGGGAAUCGGUGGCUGCCAUAGCGACGCGACGAUGUUGGAGCUGCCAGCGACGAUGCCGAGGGCAGUCAAGCUCUGGCUCUGUCAGUGCCUCGGCCUGCAUUCUUUGGCGCCUGUUUGCGGGUUCGAGCUUCCGACGCGAGACCUGAGUCACAACCGCGACUCGGACAAGGCCACCAAGUCGACACCCAAGAGGCUCCGACCCAAGGUGCUGCUGGUGCAGCGAAACUAUCGAACCGGAGGCUGCGAGGGCGAAAUGAACGAUCGCGAACCCCGUGCGAUCUUUGAGCUGCGGCGGGGGCCGAUGGGCGACGUCAAGGGACGCUCUGUCCUGGGCUACUGUAAUUGUGACUACGAGCACUACGAGCGUGUCGGGCCGACCAUCGAAAGCAUCGACAGCUCCGACCUCGAUGACGUCUUGGUUACUGAACAACUGCUGCGCUCCAUCACGGAAUGGGUUUUCGUCCACUUUCCCAAGCCGGCGCGUCUGCAAGCCGACUCGACGACCGUGACUCUGUCAAGCGGCCGACGAAGGCUAUUCCGAAAUUGCGGCUGGCGUGAGACUCAGGACGGCGACUGGAGCAUUCUGCUCCACGAUGCCGCGUCUGCUCCUCCUUACGGUGGGAUCGACCCGGAGUUCGAGGGUGCCUCGAGCGAUGAGAGCGAAGAGGGCGAAUAG